UUUUCAUUCACUUUUCUCUCUCUAUUACCUUUCUCUUUUGAUUUCGUUUUCAAUCACCAUAUUUAUCUCCAGUUUCUCUGUCAACCGAAAUCCCACUUUCUCCAUCAACCUAAAUCUGUAUUGCACACAAAUAGGUAAGUGUUUCUCUCACAAUAUUUUUGGGUGUUUUUAUUUUGAGGGUGUGUCCUAUUUUAUUGGUUGUUCUUUUUAUUUUGUGAGUGUUUCCUUCUUCUUCAAUUUCACUUAAUAGAACUCAUUCAUAGUUAGGGUUUUACUUCAAAACUCCCAAUUUUCUUUGAAAUCAAUGGCUGAUACAAAAGUGCCAACAAGUGUUACUAAAGGUAUUCCCUUUAAUCCCAACGAUUUUAUGGGUGCUCCAUCAUUAGACUUAGGAAUUUCUCAACAACAACAACAUAAUGUUGUUGCAGGGUCUGCCGAAAAAAUGCAUGCUGAGAGGCAUACAAAGCAAAAGCAUGAACCCCUCCCAAGUUGGAAAUCUGAAGUUUCCAAAUCUAACAAAACCAAAGGUGCUGCACAAGCAAAGAUCUUAGAAAACUCGUGGAGGAACAACCAAUGGAAGCAGACGAAGAGAUAGAAGAGGUGGCGGAGCAGGAUCCUAAAUUCUAUGUCAAAUGUCCGCCAAGGCUUUCUCCACGAUGUUGCUGCUAUACGAAUUCAAAGGUAGUCUCUGAUUUGGAGUCCAAUCUCUCCAAAAGGCAGCAAGAACUUUUUCCAAAACUAUCUUUGGAAAAUUCCUUGGUAUGCAGCACUUUGAAGUAACCGCACAGAUAUUUAGAUGUUUCAUGGUUAGAGAAUUAAGGAAAAGUAAACCAGAUGCUUUUCUUAUUGAAAUCAAUGGUUUUGUCUUGCGAUUUACCAUCUUGGAAUUUGCCAUAAUGUCCAGACUAAACUGUUAUAGUGAUGAAGGGGUUCACAUAGUUAAUGAAGAUAGCAAGAAUAGGCUUAUGGAUAAAUAUUUUCCUGGAUCUGAGAAUAAUGUGAGAAAAAAUGAAUUGGAACUGUGCUUCAAGCUAAAAAAUAAGAACCUUGAGGAUGGCGAUACAGUUAAGCUUGCAAUUUUGUAUUUUAUCCAUUCAUACAUCUUGUCUGGUGAGCAUAAGUCUACAAGGAUUCCAAGGCUUCAUUUUGACUUGGUUGAUAAUGGAAAAUACAAAGAUUACCCAUGGCGUAAGGUAGCGUUCAAUGAUUUGAUAAGAAGUAUUCACCAAAAGAUGACCUCCGAGUCAACGUUCUUCUGUCUUAGAGGUCUUCCUCCUGCUAUGCAAGUUUGGUUAUACGAGACAUGUUCUAGUGUGUAUCCCAACUUGGACAUUAAGCGUGGGAAUUUGAUUUCGAGAAUUCUAAAUUGGAGAACCAUUGAAAGUCAGCCAAGUUACUCAUCUUUAAUGAGUGGAAUGCUUAGAGAUGACGACUCACCCUUAAGUUUCUUCAUUUAUUCAUUUUUUGUUCAUAGUUGAUGCAUUUUCAAGUAAAUACAUAUGUAUACAGAUGUAUUUAUGUAUUCUAUUGGUUGUUCUGGUGGGUGUUUGUUGUGUU